UAGACCAUUAUAAAUAGAACACUGAUCUUCAGUAUAGGAACUGCAAAACAACUGUUGCACUUCUAAAGUCUAGCCUUCAUUUAAGGUAAAUCAAGUAUCAUAAAAUAAAAGUCACAGCAAUGGAUCAAUUUGAUUCAGACUUCUAUCAAUCAGAUUAUAUUAUUGAGGACACUGGUGAAGGACCUUAUCUUAGUGGGAGAAGCAGCGUAUCUGGGGGAAACAUGUGCGUAAGCUGUAAACAGGGUGUAACUGCCUUCACACCAAAAAUGAUAGGGCCAAGAGAGGCAGAAUUUAUGCAGACGGGAAUGAUAUCAUCUCCUUUGGAGCAAACAGGGUACGUUUAUGAAGAACAGUCAUAUAACUCGUUUUAUAAAUUCCAGAAGAGUGACAGCUUCGAAGAGGAACUGCCAUUGUUGGAAGAACUGGGCAUUAAUUUUGAUCACAUCUGGCAGAAGACAUUAACAGUGCUAAACCCAUGGAAGCCAGCAGAUGGCAGUAUUAUGAAUGAAACUGACCUGACAGGCCCUCUGAUGUUCUGCUUUGCUCUUGGCGCCACGCUCUUGCUGGCAGGAAAGAUUCAUUUUGGCUACGUGUACACGAUGAGUAUAUUUGGCUGCCUGGGAAUUCAUGCUUUAUUAAAUCUGAUGAGUGUCACAGGUGUCACACAUGGAUGUGUUGCCAGUGUCUUGGGAUACUGCCUUCUUCCUAUGGUGAUACUGUCCUGCUUUGCCAUAGUGUUUUCUUUACAGGGAAUUGCUGGGACAAUCUUAGCAGCUUCUAUAAUCGGGUGGUGCAGUUUUUCAGCUUCAAAAAUAUUCAUCACUACGUUGGGAAUGGAAGGACAGCAGCUUCUUGUUGCAUAUCCCUGUGCUUUGCUUUAUGGACUUUUUGCAUUGUUAACUGUAUUUUGAAAUGUCUAUGUUCAAUGAGCAAAGAAAAGGCAAAAGACAUCACAAAUGUCUAUCUUUAUGUCCAAUAAGCUACGGUAAUUGAAUAACGCUGAUAGGCUUGGCCUUUUUUGUUAUCUUUAUCUGUUAGUAUAUUAUUUUAUUAUAACCAUACUGUAUGAUGAGUAAAAUCCCACACAUACAUAUUUGCCGAUAUAGGAUGGUACAUGUAAGCUUUAGUUUAGAACAACAGUAAUGUUUAGACUUCUUUGGGAGUAUUCCAGUUUUAUACAGUUGCACUAGGCAUGGGCGCCGAGAGGAGAUGGGUAGUGGGUACUAGUUACCUAGGCCCGGGUUUGUUGGAGAGACCUGGCAGAGGCCUGCCUUGGUCAGCUAGGAGGACAUUGACCCUCUUUGCAGCACUGCUGAGAAAUACAAAUGUCUUUCUGUGUGGCCGCCGGUGCCCACUGUGCAGCCAGGGCAUAAACAAAUAGGGUUUUACAUUUUCUUUUUAGGUGGCUUGGUCAUGCCUCCCUAGAUUUGGCCACAGAGUUCUUAGGACACAGGCCAUUGGCCGAUCUCGGUGGCCCUGGCUCUGGGUAACAGACACUGCUAAUCAGUCUUAGGACUACAAAGCCUUUUGUCUUCCCAGCAAGUGCCAAGCAGUAGCUGCUUCAGCUUGGUUAUAAAUAAUAUCAUAGGUGAGUAUCUAAUACUUCUUAGUGCUGCUAAUGGAUGUAUAUGCAUGUAGUGGAGGAGGUUUUAAGUAUUAUUUAUUAAUAGCUAUUUAUAUAGCACCAAGGGCGUAGCUACCAUAGGUGCAGGGAGUGCAGCUGAUAUGGGGCCCAGAGCUGAGAGGGGCCCACCUUUCCUGUCACAGUUACAUGUGUUAUAUAAAUUUUUCACCAUUGGGUGGUACAUAGGGGCUCUUACAAACUUUUGCCUUUCGGCCAACAUGCCUAGUUACGCCCCUGAAUCUGCUCAUUGUACUGUGGUUUAAAAUGAUCUGGAGGGCAUCAUAAUGUUACAUAUAGUAGUAUGAACUGGGGCACUGUAAUGUGGCACCAUAUGAAGUGGGGGCACUUUAAUGUGGCAUAAUAUGGACUGGGGACACUGUAUAUAGUAAUGUGAAUUAGGGGUACUGUAUUGCAUAAUGGUGGUCAUUCUGAGUUGUUCGCUCGCUAGCUGCUUUUAGCAGCAUUGCACACGCUAGGCCGCCGCCCUCUGGGAGUGUAUCUUAGCUUAGCAGAAGUGCGAACGAAAGAUUAACAAAACUGCUACUAAAUAAUUAUUUGCAGUUUCUGACUAGCUCCAGACCUACUCCUAGAUUGCGAUCACCUCAGUCCGUUUAGUUCCUGAUUUGACGUCACAAACACGCCCUGUGUUCAGCCAGCCACUCCCCCGUUUCUCCAGCCACUCCUGCAUUUUUACCUGGAACGCCUGCGUUUUUUUAGCACACUCCCUGAAAACGGCCAGUUUCCGCCCAGAAACACCCACUUCCUGUCAAUCGCACUACGAUCACUCGAGUGAGGAAAAAACGUCGCUCGAGCUUGUGUAAAUCUACUAAGUUUUUAGUUAAAUAACUAAGCGCAUGCGUGCUGCGUACCAUGCGCAUGCGCAUUUAGCAACAAAUCGCAGCAUAGCGAAAAUCGGCAACGAGCGAACAACUCGGAAUGACCACCAAUGUGUACUGGCAGCCCUACAAUGUAACACAUUAUGGUUUAUAAAAUAAACAAGGGCAGUACUAUGGGGCUUAACAUUAACAAAGGCACUAUUGUAGUUCAGUAAAUAAUAGGGCACUAUUAUAGGGCAUACAAUAAACAACUGCUGCAGAGAGAUAUCUCUCUAGAAGCAUUGGGACAGGGGCCCCUUCAAAAUGUUGCUAUGGGGCCCAUAAAGCUCUGACUACACCCCUGUAUAGCACCUACAUGUUACGCAGUGCUUUAAAAAGAAUAUUUAAUAAUUCACAACUGUCCCUGCCUCAGUGCAGCUUGCAAUCUAUAUUCCCUGCCACACACAUACAAUAUUGCAUAUAUUAUUUAACUUUUUUUAAGGCUAACAUACAGUAGAUUACAUUUUUUUGGCCUCAGAUAAAAUGGAAAACAAAAUUAAGAGAACAUGAUAUUCUAUGUACAGUAUAUGACAUCAUAAAUGUUAUUUAAAUGUACCCAACAGUAUACGGCUUAUGACAUUACACUGUCCCAGGAGAACACUAGCAUCUUUAAACCCACUGUCAGACAUGAUGCUGCAAUCGGGGUCAGAUGUAUGUAAUGGAUUUACAUUUACCAAGUCCUUAAAGAGAGAACCCAGCACUAACACUGUAGAUGUGUUCUGCUAAAUUGACAUUAUCUACCGUUACAGAAAGGCUACUGUAUUACACAUUUAACCCUUGUGAUGACUAGUGGGAGAAAUAGUUCAAUUGGUAUUAAUACUAGCAGAGGCAUGUAUCUGAGGUUGGGGUACAUCCAAGAAUUAGUAGAUUCCCCCAAAUAGGGGAUGUCUGCUCAGUGCCCUCACAAAAUCAAAUGUCCAGAUUCCUUACUGGUAAUCAAGUAUUAGAGACAGAAAGCCAUAUUAGGAUAAUAGAUGACCACGCAAUUGUAGCUGCUUAAAUUCACUCAAGACCAGACGCGUUUCAGCAAAACACUAGUGAUUUCAACAGAGGAUGACGUGCUCUGCUAGGGUUCUAAUGCAAAGUAAGUACUACUUUAGUUGGCUUAGCUCAAUUUAUGUAAAAUCAAACUAUUCUCAGCCAGAUAAAUGACACAAGCACAUGCAGAUUAACAUAAUUCUGGCACUCAUGACAGCCUUCAUCUAGAGACGCAUGAUGGGGAUGGAAGGGGUGUCCCCACAUAAGCUGAGUAUAGUAAGGUUUUGUUCAUGCAAUUGUGAACACAUGCAGCUUGAGGCACAGAUGCAUCUAUGCCUGAGAAAGCUGCAGUCUUUGGUCAAGGGCAGAUGCAAAUAGUGGAUGAUGAUGAUUACGGUUGCCACCACUAGCAAACCUGUCGCCAUUGGCUGUUUGUGAAUACAUUACUGAUGCUUGUUAGUGUUUUCUUUCUAAUUUGGGCAUAUAUUGUGCUCUUGUAUGCAUGUUUAAGCAAUUUUUUCCUAAAAUGAAUUGAGUGAAAUCAGUGCCUGAUGUCAAGGGCAUAGCUACAAUAGGUGCAGGGAGUGCGGGUGCUAUGGGGCCCAUGCUACCUCCGGGGACCGGCCUUCAAUCUUAGGGCCGGCGGAGGUUUGGGGCACUUUGAUGGUGCGCAGUGUGGGGCGAUGGAGAAGGGUAAAAUACUAUGCAGUAUCUGUGAAUGUGACACUGGCAUUACAAUCACACCCCCAACUGGGCCUCUGAGACUUCUGCAGGACUUUGGUCCGUGCCCUGCAAUCCCCUUGGUUGCUUAAUACCCCCCCAUGCUCCCCAGCUGGGCCGAUUCAUACUGUAAUUGUGGCAGUUGUGAUCGGGCAUUUGUUGCCUUUUUGCAUGCCCUAGGAGGGACCAGCCAACUUAUAACAGCUUGCAGCGUGUCUCCACUUCCUAACUUCCAACCAACCCUGCGGUGCAUUCCUAUGAUUGCGAUUUGUGCACUGCUGCAGGAAGGAAGGAUCCAAUUAGUUCCUCCAUCUCCACUGAUUCCUUGUGAGCAGCAGCCACCAGGCACAUUAGGCAGUGAGGUGAGCACUAGCAAGCCCCUUACGGGCUCGCUGCAUGCACGGUGGCUCGCUGCGCUCACCACAGGAUUUAUUCUCCCUCUAUGGGUGUUGUGUACACACAUAGAGGGAGAAAAGCCUGUGGCGGCGGGAUUCCGGCCUCGGUAUUUCAGCGCUAGUUGGGAUUCCGGGAUCCCGACUAGUAUGGAAACCGCUUCCCCUUCAUGGAAGCCUUCAAACUCCGUGUUGUAUCAGCAUCUGAGUCAGAUCUACAAGUGAGCCAGCACCAGCUUCAUCAGGCCAUCUCUCCAGGACCUUUGAAAUCAGGUCUAUUGACAUGCCCCAUGCAGGUACACAAGGGAUUAAUGCGCUAGCAGCUGUACAUCUAAUUUUUACUAGUUCACAGUAAAGUUAAUAUGAAUAUCAUGUUUAAUUACAAAAAAAACACAUGAAUUGGGAGCAACAACUGACACCUUUUAGGCAAGCAUACAAUAACUGAAUAAUAUUUACUCAUCCCAUGAAUAUUCUAACAGUAAUGUCUCUUCAAUCAGCUCUCAUCUCUGCCUCCUCCUCUUUUAUUCCCCCAUUCUUUUUAUUUCUCUCACUCAUCUUCCCCAAUUCAUUCUCUCUCUCCACUGUCUUCCCUUAUUGCUCCUAUCUCACUCUGGGGAUGAUUACAUUUUGUGUGCUAUGAAUAGCACUGGGAAGGAGGUCAGGGUCUGUGAUCUGUGCUGCUAG